CUAUUUUCACUUUUCUAUUCCGUAACGAUGCCUAUUCUUUUUUGCUUCAUUAUUUUUGUUUAAUUGUAAGUUUGUUGAUUUAUUGAUUGAUUAGUAUUGUAGAGGACAAUUAAGUGAAUCUUUUUAUUAUUUAGUUUUCUACCUUUCCUCUAUAUCAUUCUUCCGUCUUGUCAUCUGUUUACAGUUGUCUAUUUGUCUAUUGUAUUGUAAAGUGUCAACAUCACACAUAGAUAUUUUACUUACACGCUCACAGAAACACACACAAUCAACCAAAUGGCUUUCUCUCCUCAGUGCUGGUUACUGACCAUUGUUGUAUUAUUUGGUUUUUGUUUAGUUAAUAAUCAAGUCUCUUGUCGUAAAGGUAAACUUAUUAAGCUGAAUGAAGACAAUUGGGAUGGGUUGUUGACAGGUGAAUGGAUGGUUGAAUUUUAUGCUCCAUGGUGUCCAGCUUGUCAGUCAUUGGAACCUCAUUGGGAAUCUUUUUCAUCUUGGAGUGAUGAGCUCAAUAUUAAGGUGGGCAACAUUGAUGUUACUGCCAAUCCCGGUUUAAGUGGUCGUUUCAUGGUUACAGCUUUACCAACAAUUUAUCAUGUUAAAGAUGGCCAGUUCCGUCAAUACAAAGGAUCCCGUGAUACCAAUUCUUUCGUGGAAUUUGUUGAAGAGAAAAGAUGGCAAACUUUAGAAACCAUUUCCAAUUGGAAGCAUCCAAGCUCAAUCCAGAUGUCAAUUGUUUCACAUUUUUUCAAAAUAUCUAUGGCCUUGAGAGCUGUCCAUAACCGUCUUGUUCAAGACUAUGGCAUUCCUUAUUGGGGAUCAUACGUUCUUUUUGCGUUAGCAACUAUCCUUCUUGGAACGAUAUUAGGACUGAUUAUUGUUUGCAUCAUUGAUAUCUUGUUUCCAUUUAAACACCCACCCAGUGGCUCGGACUCGCCAAGAACUCGAACCCUUGGAGAAAAAGAAGAUUUAAUUGAGGACGUCCAAGACAAUAAUCUGUCCAAUGAUGAAAAAGAAUUAAGAAGAAGGAAAAACGCACAACAGAAGGGCGACUCUGACGAAGUCGAAUCGUCCACUAAAGAACCGGAAAGUGUAAAAGAGACCAAAGCUGAAUGAAGUUAGGUCAGAAUUAUAGUUUUAUCGAUGAUCUUUUGUCAUAAUAUUUUUAUUUAGAAUAAAAAUGUUUUUCGAAAGAUGAUUAUGCCAUUAAGUGCGCUCCAUCAGACAAAUAAAUUCUCACAAUGAGACUCAUUUUCCCAAUCCUGGAUUUGUAUUAUGUAAAAAAGCUAUGUAUUGCAACAAACGCAUAAAAACAUAAUCUUAAAUUUUCCGAUCAUUCAAAUUGAGCUAUUUACCGAAAUCAAAUUAAAUGUUUUUUUUCUAGCUAACAUAAAUUGCAGAAAAGUUUAAGAUUUAAAAAGAUGUAACUCAUACACUAAAUUGUCAUUCCAAUUACGCUGACAUUGUGAGUUAUCUUGUAUGUUAUUUUCAACUGGUCUCUCUAUCGACAGUUUAAAAUAUUUUUUCAAUUAA